UCUCCGCGCUGCGUAUCCCCGUCAUGCCACCAUCCCGUCGCCCGUGCGCGGCCAUGGAGCCGCUGUCCCUGCUGCUGGCGCUGUCCCUGCUGUCCCCGUGGGGCUCUGCCGGGGGGAGCUGCCCCCCGCGCUGCGUCUGCGCCUCCAACCUGCUGAGCUGCUCGCAGGCCAACCUGAGCGCGGUGCCGGCGCCGCUGCCGCGCUUCGCCGCCGUGCUGGACCUGAGCCACAACAACGUGACGCGGCUGCGGGCGGACUGGGCGCCGGCGCGGCUGCCGCACCUGCACGCGCUGCUGCUGAGCCACAACGGGCUGGCCUUCGUGUCCACCGAGGCCUUCGCCCACGUGCCGCGCCUGCGCCACCUCGACCUGUCCUCCAACCGCCUGCGGACGCUGGACGAGAACCUGUUCAGCGACCUGGGCGAGCUGGAGGUGCUGCUGCUCUACAACAACGAGAUCAGCACGGUGGAUCGCACGGCCUUCGAGAACCUGGGCCGGCUGCGCAAGCUCUACCUGGGGCAGAACCGCAUCGCCCGCUUCCCGCUGGAGCUGCUGCGGGAGGGCAGCCGCCCGCGGGCCGGGCCCGCGGGCGAGCUGCAGGCGCUGCCCGCCUGGCUGCGCGACCGCCUCUACCUGCACAACAACCCCCUGGCCUGCGACUGCCCGCUCUUCCAGCUGCUGGACCGCGGCCGCCGCCGCCACCUCAGCGCCGUGGAGGAUUUCCAGGACGAGCUGCGCUGCUCCCUGCCCGGAGCGACCGCUCUCGUCAAGAUCCUGGAGCUGGCGGGCAAGCAGCCGCUCAACUGCAGCAAGGCGCAGGAGGCCGUGCUGGAGGCGCACCUGGGGGACAGCGUGACGCUGGGCUGUGACAGCCGCUGGCAGGGCGUGCGCAGCCGGCACUGGGUGACGCCGGGCGGGGAGCGGGUGCUGGGGGACGGGGGCAAUGGCAGCGUGGUGCUGCUGGCCAACGGCAGCCUUCAGCUGCGGGCGCUGCGCCCCGAGGACGCCGGCACUUACUCCUGCUGGGUGGCCGGACCCCUCCUCAACGAGACCCUCUACGUGGAGCUGCUGGUGCACAACUUCACCCUGCACGGCCCCCACGACACCCUGAACACGGCCUACACCACCCUGGUGGGCUGCAUCCUGAGCGUGGUGCUGGUGCUCAUCUACCUGUACCUCACUCCGUGCCGCUGCUGCUGCUGCCGCGGCGCCGAGAAGCCGCCGGCGCCGCGCGACGACAGCAUCAACUCCUCGGUGCUGAGCACCACCCCGAACCACGCCGGGGGCACCGGGGAGCCCUGCGGGUCCCACCCGGCCCCCGGCGCUGGCGCAGGGCAGAACGGCAGGUUCAAGGGCGGGGGGAGCCCCCCGCUGCCCGCCCGGCAGGGCCCCAAGGCGCAGAGGAAGGUGUCGGAUCCAGACUCGGUGAGUUCGGUCUUUUCCGACACGCCCAUCGUGGUGUGAGGGGACGCUGUGGGGACAGUCCCCAGGGACACCCCGUGUCAGCCACUGCAAGCUGUCCCUGGGCGGGAGGGGGGUCCCCAGCUUG